AUGGCUCCACGCCGAUCAGCUAACUGUCAUAUCUUCCCUUUCCUCGAGUUGCCACCAGAGCUGCGCAACAUCAUAUACGAAAUCUCGCUGAGGCACGACUCGAAUCCUGGCGCUGAAUUAGUCGCCUCGCCUGCCCUGCUGUGCACCUGCAAACAGAUCUACAAAGAAGCUCGUGGCGUCCUCUACAAUCAGUCCACACUCUAUCUGCAUGCAAGAUUCGUGACCAAACGUGGCUUUCUCGGCACAGUCGGAUACAAAUUCCAGCUUGACAGUGGUUAUGGAUUCCUUUCGGACGUGCGGGAGUCCAGUCUUAUCAGAAUACGUGAUGCCCUGCCUCAACACAUAUUCGAAGUCGGCACGCUCGUCUUCAACUUGGAGCUUGAUAUGCCUGGCACGCUUCACGCGGCCUUGAAGGAGGACUUCAUGGCCGAGUUAAAUCGCCUCCUCUAUGUUCUAGCGUGUGGAUAUAAAGGCAUUCGAAUUCGUCUCGUUACUCGUUUCAAAGGCUUUGUGGAUCCAGAUGACGAGGUGCAGAAAGCGUUGUAUCCCCUUGCAAAGCUCGAUCAAAAGCUCGAAGUUGUAGUUGAGGGCACAGAGGAAACCACUUGGAUGGUGCGCAAAGCGCUGGAGCUACGGGACGCUACCUCUAGGAAGGAGGACAGUAUGGAGGCUGAGAGUGGAGAACUUCUCAAGUUUAAUAUCGUCGGAGAGUGGUUUGAGAAGAGAGAGCUCGCAGCUCUGCUUUCGUGGGACCUUGAGAACGAGUGCGGUUGGGACCUCGAGAGUGAUAGGGAUGCAAAUAUUGUGCAGGAUGGAUUUGACAUGUUGACCGAUUACAUCGAUGGGAUCUGGGAGACUGUCAUCACACAUGAGGUCGAGCGUGAACUCUUUAGGAAGUGUGUGGAGAUGAGAACGAUCCUGGAUGGCCGGCUAAAUAACAGGAGGCGGUUAACCGCAGACACAGUGGGUUGA